AAAUCAAUCCCAGUAAAGCAGCAUCCCUCCUCCGGCUCUCCGUCAAAAAUAUUGAUUCCGCUAUGCGGCGUUUGCAUCGUUGCAAUAACCUGGGCAAUUUAGUAGAACAGAAAUCGGAAUCACGGACUGCACAAGAAUCGACUAAGCUUUCCCUCGACCGUGGCUAGAUCGUUUGGGCCUUGGGGUUAUUCGGUGGGACGAAACCGUUUUUCCCGUUCGUCUCGCCUCGUCUUACCGACCUUAACGUUACUCGCGCGCAAUCACGUAUUCGUGGUUUCUGUCGGUAGUGUAAGCAUCGUCGCCUUCGUUCGCGGGCUUGCGCUACAAUCGCAUCGAGCGACGGCCAGUACGAACAGUGCAUCAGUAGCUGUCGAGGUCGAAUGGUUGGCCUCGUCAACCCUUGAUCUGCGAUCGCGUUCUAUCUUUCUCUCUUCCUCUCUCUUUCCAACGCCGACACCCCGAUCGCGCCGCUCGGUCGCGUGUAAAACGCUAAGGCAGUGACCACGAGAAACGCUGUAAUUCGUUGAAGGACGUGCCAGGAUAACGAAAACAACAUGAGGCGUUCCAUCAUCCUUGUCUUUUGCCUAUUGGUCGUGCUCAGUUUUUAUGGUGUAAACUCGAUGCAAUGUUACCUGUGUAACAGUCACAAUGAUAGUCGAUGUGCCGAUGAUGUGCCACCUGAUGCCCUCAAAAAAGAUUGCUCGGAUCUCAAGAACGGCGCAAAGUAUACUAUGUGCCGAAAAAUUACACAAGUCAUUGAGUUUAGCGUUAAUGGACUUCCACCUGAUACCCGAGUCAUAAGAGGUUGCGGAUGGGACGAGUCGAAUUAUAAAGGAGUGUGUUACCAAAGAAGCGGUUUCGGUGGACGUCAAGAAGUCUGUUCGUGUUUAACAGACUAUUGUAACACGGCGACACCAAACGUUUUAUCAUCGACAUCUCUGAUUCUGUCUUGUGUUCUUGGCAGUGUUCUACUAGUAUACAUUCGUAAUUAAUUAUCAGAAAAUUUCUCAUACUCUCGACCAGUCCACGAAGAGAUACGUUCGAGAUCGUUGGUACCUGCAAGCAGCUUCGACUUCGCAUUUUCUCAUGGAACGGAAGUAAGCCAAAAGUGGAUGAGACGACGCGUUUCAUAGGAAGUACCUCUUACACACUUUCAACGCGGAUAAAUAAAGUGUAUGGGACAAGGAAAACCGUCGUUUCCAAAGCGCGACAUGUCUGCGUAUGUUUAGAACAUUACUGUACAUCUCGUAAAACAAACGCUGGCGAUCUCGAAAUGCUCGAAGGAACGAAGAAAUUCUCAAUGGAAAUAUGUUUUACUUGAAAUUUUAGAGACGCUGCAGUGGCUUCCUCCUGUCCAAUGGUUGAAGAUCAUAGUAGGGAUAGAUUUCCGAAAAGCUCCAGUGACCAAUCGAGGGAAAGUUUGGGAUAUAUCUUGACACUAAAAUUUUAGCUUCGAAUAUUUAUCAGUUUCCGACGUAUCGAUACAAAAUCUUUGCUACGAUGCACCGAAGUUCACUUGCUCGUGUGUAUCUGUAACGGUGUGUAUGCGUCAGCCCCGAUCGUCGUUUAGCUAUUGUAUCCAUUGUAUGUACAUACACGUGGCAACGGCCAGCAACCAAUAUGUAUAACAGCAAUUGGAAAAGUGUCUUAUCUACUUUUGUAUCUAUCAAUCCUGAAUAGCAUCUAUCCCUUUGAACCUACACUCUAUUAAACCUAACCUAAUCGCUGUCUACAUAACACACGUGAUGUACCAAUUCAUUUCCGCUCGAUUCAGAAGAAUAUAUUAUUUAUUCCAAUUAAUCGUGCGUUAUCUAUAUCGGUUAUCGAUUAACGUGAAACGUUUAAGUGGUCGGAAAUUGACGCAUACAUUGCCACGAACAUGCACUUAUGAGCGGAAUUUAAUGUAUAGUGUCUAAACAUUUUUUAUCAGUAAUUUGGAAAUGACCAAAUACUCGAAGCUGAAAUUUCAGACUUUAAAUUUAUUCCCUCUAUCCUCCUUCCUCAAAUUUUAUCUCGUUCGGCCACUGGGUCCUUUCAGAACUGUAAGCCUAUAGUAGUUUUAGAUAAAACGUGCACGCUGUUCCUGUCUGCCUGGACGUUCCUCAAGUGAAAUAUAUCAAGGAGAAAAGUUAAGAUUACCAAUCAUUACUCCUAAUCGUUAGCAAAAUCGUUUAUAGGAGGAUCGUGAAACGCACCACUUCCAAUCGUUGAAAGAAAUAUAUGAAAAAAUAUUUUAUAAAAAAAGAAAAAAGAGAAAAGAAAAAAAUAUCUCUAUCGAUAAGAAUAUCGCUCAAAAUUGUUUAUAUACAUUCUCCACUUGGUGAUAUCCACUUGAAAUUUCGAUAAAAAAGAGAAAAAAUCGUACAGGGAUUCAGGAACGGUUUGACUUUUGGUACUUUUUGCGAUAUGUCGAACAGCUUGGCGAGCACUCCUCGAUCAUGCAUAAUUCUUCUUGAAAAAUCUCCAAUUUAGGUGCUGAAGGUGUGACGACAGUCACGUUGUGUUCACUCGACAAUUUUCUGCGUAGAGCUUAAGAAUGAUAUUACACAUAUAACAAUUACGCAACUGUUGUGACAACCUUCGCGAAAAGACAUCUGUAUGAUAUGUUUUUGUGCGAAGCGAGAAAAAUAUAUCAGGGUUGCCGUUGCGGAAUAAACGAGGUCUGUUAUUUUCCUUUAUCCUAUCGAA